GCGUCCGUGACUGCAGGUGUCGGCACGACAGCAUGGAUCGACAGCGCCGUCCGGUGAACGAAUGACAAACAGCUGCCCCGCACGCAGUGGAGUCGCAGUAGGGUCCCUGUGCAUCGGCGGUGGACGCUCAUUGAUGUCCAGCCGCAGAACGCCGACCCAACCCGACCUGAGGGACGAGCCCGCUUGCAGAGCACCGGUGCGUCCAGGAACCACUGUGGAGAACAUCACGCGAGGAGUGUCCAACAUGCGGGCACACAGCGAUGGUGGCGACGACGAUGCCGGUGGCGGUGACGAUGCUGACGGAGGAUUCAAGGAGGACAGGGAAGCAGGGGACGACGACGACGACAUUCAUAUUCAGCCUUUGGGAAGGACGACUGGGAGGGGGAAAGGACACAACAAAGGUGUUGUUCGUGGACGAUCCGUUGGCCGUGGCGGCAUAGGAGGUGUAAGCCACGACGACAGGAAGUCUGUGGCGUACUGGUCUAUCGGCGACCAACUGCUCCUAGUGAGAUGCAAGCGGGAGCAAGAAAUGCACCUCGCUGGGCUGGGUCACAAUUAUGGGCGGAUGCGGAUGAAGGAGUGGAAGUGGGACGACAUUGUGAAGCGGAUGGCAAACGCGGGGAGGCCUAAAGACACCGACGACUGCAUGAAGAAGUGGGACAAUUUGUUCCAAAACUACGAGAAGAUACAAAGGUUUCAGAAUGCCAGCGGCGAGGCAGAUUUCUUCAGGCUGUCAAAUGAAGAAAGGAAGGAGCACAACUUCAAGUUCCGGAUGGACAGGGUGCUGUACAACGAGAUCCAUGAAGGCAUGCUUGGGAACCACACAAUUUUUCCUCCCAACGUCGCCAACACCGGCAGUCCGGACGGGGUGCAGCUGCCGAGGCGAGGAGCGGCUGGUGGGGAGUCUGUUGGUAGUGAGACCGACGAUGAUGGCUGCCCUAAAGAACGUUAUUCGGCGAGGGACUCCGAUAACAACGCAGGCAGUGGGGCUGAAGGCAGGAAGCGAAAAAAUGCGCAUCAACAGGCGUUGGAGUCGAUCGUUGAUGUCAUGGACUGCCAUGACGAACUGAUGUCCUCGACGAUCGAUCCCUCUAACAAGCGAUAAUGCAACAUUUUGACGAGGCGAUGUGACAUACCUGAGCAGGAAGUUGCUGUUCAAAAAGCGCACUACGAGGCGUCCGAUGA